GUACUCAAGUUUCAUCCCAUAUCGAUCCGCAAAAAUUCUCUCUAUUGUAUUAUUCCAUCAAGAAAACAUGGUUUACUCUUCUCUUCAUCUCCCGUUGCUAUUAUUCACUCUUGUCCAACUAAUUGUAAUCCAAAACAAUCUGUUUUGCAAAGCUGAUCCUACUGAUGGUUUCACUCCUGUAACUCUUAGCCAAAGCAACUACCAAAUUCAAAAGCCUUAUGAUGUGCCUGUGAAUCAAAGGUAUUCCUUUAUCGAUGGAGUUCACAAAUUCUGGGUUUUCAAGACUGACAAGCCUCAUACUACCAGUAGUCAAACAAAACCUCGUUGUGAAAUUCGUAUAACGGGGCACGAUUAUUCAUCGGGUGUUUGGCAAUUUGAGGCAAAUGGAUAUGUUCCAAGCGGUUCAUCUGGUGUGUCAAUAACGCAAGUAUUUGGAGCAUCACCAACAUCCACAACUCUAAUGCUAAGAGUUUACAAUGGGGACCUCACUUAUUAUAGAGAAGUGAUUGAACGAAACAUUUAUAAUAGAUGGUUCAGGCUAAACGUGAUUCAUGAUGUUGGUGCAAGUAAAUUAAAGGUUUAUAUCAAUGGAAUUCUCAAGCAUGAAGCAUCAGGAAGAGGUGGAGACCAUCAUUAUUUUAAGUUUGGAGUUUAUGCACAGGAUAAUGAGUCUGAUCGUAUGGAGUCUCGGUGGAGAGAAAUUAAGCUUUACAAGAAAUAAGCAUAAUCUUGUUUAUUUCUCGUUUCAAUCAAAAUAUAUGAUGUAUUUAAUCAUUCUCUUAGAUUUAUGAUCAUGAGGUUGAGUUGAAUAAGUUAAAAAAUAAAUGAAACAAGCUUUAACCUAGCAUGUUUUCUUUCACCUUUAAUGUAGUAAGACAAGGCGUGUUUUCGUAUGGAGGAAAAUAUUCUUCCAGUUUCAA